AUGGCAUGGGCAGCUUCUCAAAGAUUGGGUUAUGUAUUGACCAAUCAUGCACUACGCAAUCCAUUACGUCGCACCGUCUUUGUUCGCUCAACCCCACUGUUCAAUAUGCGACUCCAUAAUGGAAUGUUCCAUCCUGCAGCUUCAAGGUCUGUUCAUGCUCCAGCAAAUCACAACCGUCAUGGCAACAGCGAUAAUGAUUCCAAAAAGAACAUUUCAUCUGGCACUCUUAUCCGAAUUUUGGCUGUUGCAUCGCUGUUUGCUUUUGGUCCUUUUUACCAUCUUAUUGCGUCAGAUGAAGAGACCAAAACACAAACUAAAAACACUCCUGCUACUGUUAAAAUAAAAGUUCCUACUUCAGCAACAGCAUCCUCAAAUCAGCCCAAGCCCAUCAAGGGGGUUCCAUUUGUGCAAUAUGUUCUUAUUGGUGGUGGAACUGCGUCAUACAGCGCCAUGGAGGCUAUCCGAGAGACUCAACCAGAUGCACAGAUUCUGAUCAUUUCUGAAGAGGAAUUUGUUCCAUACCAACGACCACCACUUUCAAAAGAGCUCUGGUUUGCAGAUGACACCUCGCAGCAACUUACUUUUAAAGAUUGGGAAGGCAAUCAGCGCAGUCUUUUUUAUUUUCCAAAAGAAUCCUAUCGUGUACUUUCCCUCGAUCAGAUCAGCACAUUAGAAUCGCCAUGUACCAAAAUUCAAUACUUGGCCAACACCAAAGUCGUUAAGCUGAAUCCAGAGGAUCAAACAGUUGUCCUAUCUAGCGGCGAUCGUAUUCAAUAUUCUCGGGUUUUGAUUGCUACUGGCGGUACUCCUAAAAGCCUUCCUGUAUUUGAUGGUCUUUCCGAAAAGGCAAAAUCUCGUGUUAUGACCUUCCGUGGGAUUAAAGAUUUUCAGCGUCUCGAGUCUCUUGCUAAGGAGGCCAAGACAAUUGCUGUCAUUGGAGGCGGCUUUCUUGGAAGUGAACUUGCAGUUGCACUUGCUGCUGAAACAGGCACCAAGAUUGUGCAGACUUUUCCUGAAGAUGGUAACAUGGGACUCGUGUUUCCACGCUACCUUACCAAAUGGACCACCGCUAAGCUUCGCGAAGUGGGAGUUGAUGUCAAAGAAAGCACCGUGAUUACCAAUGCUAAAGAGUCGGGCGACAAUAUUGAGCUGCAGUUCAAAAAUGGAACCUCUGUUGAUGCUGACUUGAUUGUGUUGGCUGUUGGUCUGUCGCCAAAUCAGGAACUUGCCUAUUCAUCUGGACUUGAAGUGGAUUCCAUCCGUAGUGGCAUUGUUGUAAAUGCUGAACUGGAAGCUCGUACCAAUGUUUUUGCGGCUGGAGAUGUUACCAGCUAUCAUGAUAUUGCACUUGGUCGUCGCCGUGUGGAGCACUACGAUCAUGCUGUGAUGAGCGGACGUAUGGCUGGAUUUAAUAUGACUGGUGUCAAGAAACCCUACACACACCAAACUAUGUUUUGGAGCGAUCUUGGACCCAACAUUAGCUAUGAAGCUGCUGGAAUCAUUGACUCCAAGCUACCUACCGUAGGUGUUUGGGCUAAAAAAGGAAAGGAUGCACCAACCGAAGAAGAAACCGAGGAGUUUGGCAAAGGAGUUGUAUUCUAUCUAUCUUCUAGCAAAAAAGUCAUUGGAGUGCUGACAUGGAACGUGUUUGGCAAGAUGGAUUUGGCUCGCAAAAUCAUACGCGAAGCCAAAUCUCAUGCCGACAUUGAUGGCUUGGCACGUAUGUUUGACAUUCAUAGUAGCUAAUAUUACAUGAGUGAUCUUUCUAUCGGGUAGUAUUUCGAUCCAACAGCAAUAUGAAUGACUUUAUGCACUGGUAGCUUUUGUUGAAAGUGAUGAUACUCACUAUUGCCAUUGGUUCGUACUGCAAUCGCUAAAAUAAUAUCAAGUCUUGUAAU